AAAAAAAAUGUUCAUUGAUUAAAACUUUUUUACCAUAAUACCACGAGGAGCAUGUAAAAAUUAUAAUCCAUAUUAUGCAUAUACUCAUGAAACUGAGGUCACGAAUAAAAAAAGAGGGAAUAGUGUUAAAAAAACUGAAUCAGCUGACUAUGACUAAUAUUCUAUACAUUUAUUAUUACAUUAUACUCAUACUUUACUAGAUUAUUGUGCUGUAAAAGUUUAUGAGAUCAUUCGUGUGAAUAGUAACAUAUUAUUGUGGGUAACAUAGUUAUUUGAUUCAAACGACUCAUUGAUACUAUUCGAUUAGUCAAUUCUUGAGUUCUAAUGAAGUAAAAUUACUAGAAAGUUUUUAGAAAAAUUAUUUGUAAUAUUUUAUGUGAAUUAAAAAACAAAAAAAAAGUCAUUUGAGUGUAAAGACGUUGAAAAAUAUCAGAAUUAUCAUAUAACAUUAUUUUAGCUUUGUGGUUUGAAUUAUAAAAUGUCAAGGUGAUACAUUUUAACAGCAACGUCACGUUAUCCUUAUUUAUUCAAUCAACAUAAUAGUGUCAUAUUAUAACAAUAAUUCACUCGAGUAUUAUCCUUUUUCGAUUGCUUUUAAAAAGAAUGAAAAAUUGUUCUGAAUAAAUAAAUAAAUAAAUAGUUUAAAAAUUAUUUUACAAAAUGACUUCAUUAGGUGAAAAUCUCGAAAUUUCAUCAAAUUCAACAUCUCCUACAUUAUAUUCUUCAAUGGAAUGUGGAGUACCUAAAGUCAUGGACAAUGAAGGUUUGAUUAAAAAGCGAUAUGAAGACAUAAAAAAAUCGCCGAAUGAUAAUAGAUUAUAUCGAGGAUUGAUCCUUAAAAAUGACAUGAAAGUAUUGUUAAUAAGUGAUUCGACGACAGAUAAAAGUGCUGCUGCAUUAAAUGUCAAUGUUGGUUAUUUCUGUGAUCCUGAGGAUCUUCCUGGACUAGCUCACUUUUGUGAGCAUAUGCUAUUUCUUGGAACUGAAAAGUAUCCAAGUACUAGUGAAUACACCUCUUUCUUAUCCCAACAUGGAGGUGGAUGUAAUGCUUCAACUCUAUUAGAUUACACAAAUUACUAUUUUGAUGUUACACCAGAGAGCUUAGAAGGAGCUUUGGACAGAUUUUCUCAAUUUUUUUUGAAACCUUUGUUUACUGAAUCUUCAACAGAGUUAGAAGUGAAUGCUGUAGAUUCAGAACAUGAGAAAAAUUUAGCUAAUGAUACUUGGCGAAUAGAACAGAUAGAUAGAUCAUCAGCAAACCCAAAUCAUCCCUACGCUAAGUUUGGAACUGGUAAUAAGGAAACUUUGGAUACCAUUCCUAAAGAAAAAGGGACAAAUGUACGUGAUGCAUUGUUGAAAUUUCAUGAAGAUUGGUAUUCAGCAAAUAUUAUGGCUUUGAGUGUUCUUGGAAAAGAAAAUUUAGAUGAUCUAGAGAAAUUAGUAGUAAAAAUGUUUUCAGAAGUAAAAAAUAAAGAAAUUGAAGCACCAGAAUGGCCUGAACAUCCUUUUAAUGAAGAUCAGUUUCAACAUAAAUGGUUUAUAGUACCAAUAAAAGAUGUAAGAAAAUUGAAAAUGAUGUUUCCAUUGCCGGAUUUACGUGAAAAUUUCCGUUCAAGUCCAGCGAAUUAUAUAUCUCAUCUUAUUGGUCAUGAAGGUGAUGGAUCUUUACUGUCAGCUCUAAAACGAGCUGGCUGGAGUAAUUCUCUUGUUGCAGGGAUGUAUACACUUGCUCGAGGGGGAUGUAAUUUUUUCAACAUUGCUGUUGAUUUAACAGAAGAAGGUAUUCAGCAUGUUGAUGAUAUAAUAACUCUGACAUUUCAGUAUAUAAAUAUGCUGCGUCAGGCAGGGCCUAUAGAGUGGAUUUUCGAAGAAUAUAAACAAAUUGCUCAAAUGGAGUUCAAUUUUAGAGAAAAAUCAUCACCACAGGCAUAUGUCAAUAAAACAGUUCGUGCUUUACAACAUUACCCUAUGGAAGAAAUACUCAGUGGAUCAUGUCUUCCCACUGAAUGGCGUCCGGAUCUUAUUAAUUUAGUUAUGGACUACUUGAAACCUCAGAAUAUUCGAGUUCACAUUGUGGGAAAAGCUUUCGAGGAGAAAGAAAAUGAAAAAGAGUUUUGGUAUGGGACGUCAUUCUGUCGAGAAAAAAUCCCUGAUGAUGUUAUUGAAAGAUGGAGUAAUCCUGGUUUGUGUGAUGAACUUAAACUUCCAGCUAAAAAUGAAUUUAUUCCCACAUGUUUUGAUAUUAAAUACAAUGAAAGUAUUAAGGUUGAGAAAUUCCCAGUCAUCAUUGAAGAUACUCCACUAAUGCGGGUGUGGUUCAAACAAGACGAUGAAUUUCUUCUUCCAAAACUUAAUUCAACAUUCUAUUUCAUAAGCCCACUAAGUGCUCUUGAUCCUAUCAACUGCAAUUUAACAUACAUGUAUACGCAAUUAUUCAAAGACUCUAUGAAUGAAUAUGCUUACAAUGCAGGUCUUGCAGGUCUUAGUUGGGAAUUAAUUCCUAAUAAAUAUGGUAUUACUUUAUCUAUUGGUGGAUAUCACGAUAAACAUCGUAUUCUCCUUACAAAAAUUAUGGACAAGAUGAUCAACUUCACUUUUGAUAAAAAACGAUUUGAUAUUUUAAAAGAACACUAUAUCAGAAGUUUAAAAAAUUUUGAAACAGAACAGCCAUACCAACAUGCUGUUUAUUACCUUGCAGUUCUACUAGCUGAUCAAGUUUGGACAAAAGAAGAAUUACUAGAAGCUACAACUUAUUUAACUGUUGAACGACUUGAAGAAUUCGUUCCUCAACUGCUGUCUAAGCUUCAUAUUGAAUGCUUGGUUCAUGGUAAUAUUACUGAAGCUGAAGCUUUGGAAACUGUCAAGUUAGUUGAGUCUGAACUCACUGGAGAUUCGCAGAAUGACAAAAAAAGCAGGAUUAUGGUUCCACUAUUACCCCAACAACUCUUAUUACGACGUGAAAUAAGUUUAGAAAAUGGAGCCAACUUUUUGUAUAAAAUUGAAAAUAAAUUGCAUAAGUCAUCAUGUACAGAAGUAUACUAUCAGAGUGGAUUGCAGUCAACUGAAUCAAAUAUGCAUUUAGAAUUACUAGCACAAAUAAUGUCAGAACCAUGUUUCAACAUUUUAAGAACUAAAGAACAAUUGGGUUAUAUUGUAUAUAGUGGUAUUAGGAAGAGUAAUGGUGCACAAGGCUUGAGAAUCAUAGUACAAAGUGAUAGACAUCCUUCAUACGUUGAACAUAGAAUUGAGACUUUUAUUGAGUCAAUGCUGGAUCGUCUAGUAAACAUGUCAGAUGAGGAAUUCAAUCGACAUAAAACAUCCUUAGCAACUCGACGUUUGGAAAAACCAAAAAUGAUGAGUAUACUGUCUGGUAUGUUUUGGAGUGAAAUUAUAAGUAGGCAAUAUAAUUUCGAUCGUGAUAAUAUUGAAGUUGCAUAUCUUAUGACAAUCAAUAAAAAUCAAAUCAUCCAAUUUUUCAAGGAAUUAAUUUAUCAAAAAUCUCCGAUGAGACGUAAAUUAACAAUUCAUGUAGUUUCUACAGCAGAAGGUGGUGCAGGAUUGAGUGACAGUAUGGCAAAUGAAAUUGAAGAAUCGGUUGAAAGUAAUAUUGCAAAUGGUGCAAAAUUAAUUACUGAUAUUAUUGAAUUCAAAUCCAGCCAAUCUUUGUUCCCUUUGCUAAAGCCGUUUAACAAUAUACCACGCAAAGAUCAACAAUCGAAACUUUAAAUAAAUCAAUUAGUUUUUAGAUCAUAUACAAUUAAAAAAAAAUGGAGUAUAUUUUAUAUCCAAA